CACGACCUGCGGCAGUCGUUAACGAAUCUCGAUCGCGAGCAGUUCAUUUUAGCCAUUGUGGUAUACUCAGCUGCGCUCAUCCGUUAAUACAUGCACAUCUAUGUGUACACAUAGAGUCAUAGGAGUUGUGUAUCAGAAAAUUUGAAAAGUCGAGCAUGUGAUAAAACUUUGAUUUAUCUGACUUUAGUCUGUAUUAUAUCUUUUUUCACGCAUAACGUGUUACAUAAAUAUUCGCGCUUUUUUCAAAUAAAUAUAUAUUUAAAUAUACAUUUAUACAAUUCAUAUUUUAAAAUUUUUCUCCGUGGCAAUAUUAAAAAAUGAGUGAAAAUAAUGUUGACACAGGUGCAACAGCCCAAGCUACGCUAACUCACCCAUCGACUACAGCAACAACACCAACACCUAAGGAGUUUUCAGCGCCUCAAUUUAAAGACGACAGUUUAGUACUUUACUUUCAUCCAUAUAACUUCCAUUCACAAAAAGUUAUUUUGAUACUCUACGAGAAGAACAUCGACUUUGUGCCAUAUGCUAUUGAUUUAGCUAACGGCGAACAGUAUUCAACAUGGUUCCUUAACCUUAAUCCAAAAGCAGAUGUGCCUGUCUUACAAGAUGGCACUUUUAUAAUACCAGAUUCAAACCACAUUAUCAGUUAUGUGGAGAAUAAAUAUAGAGGAGGUAUUCAUAGUGCCUUAAAGCCCCGAGGAAACAGUCCCGAUGAAUUCAAAAAAAUGGAGUUUUACGAUAGCAUAAUAAAUCAAUUGCCUGUCGGUGCACUGAGUUUGGGCUCUUUCAUCCAUGAAGAUUUGAAAUUGACACCUAAACCGCCAUUUAUUGGUCCAAUUCGUAAAUCGUGCUUAAAAAAUAAUGAGAAAGUUUAUGAAUUGUUGAAAAGAUCCAUCGAAGAUGCUGAAACCAAUAAAUCAAGCCUACUGCGCAAACUUGAUAUACAAGAUAGGCGUAAGCGAUUAGUUCAGUCUCGGGUUGAAUUUCAGAAAAUACUCGAUGCCGUCGGCAAUGUACUACGUUACAUCGACAAUGAUUUCAAGGAAAAUCCCGGGCGAGAGUGGUUGGUUUCAAAUGAAUACUCCUUGGCCGAUGUUAGUUUUGGUCUAUUAUUGCAUAGGCUAUAUCAGUUGGGAUUCGAAAACUACUAUUGGGCAUAUGGUAAAUUGCCAUAUGUAGAAAGCUAUUUUCUACGAUUCAGAAAACGUCCCACAUACCAAAAACUGAUGCCCAGCAACUUCAAAAUACUUAAGGACAUUUGGCAGAAUACGCCCGCAAAUUAUAAGAUUGGUGCUGGUGCGGGAUUUCUGGGCAUGGCUAUGUUCGCUGCGCUCGCGCAUAAAUAAUGUUGCAUCGUUUUAAUGAAAAGCAUUGUCAAUAUAUCGUCAUAAAAUUCGUCGAAAAUACCGAAACUACAAAAUUUAUUUAUCAGCGACAAUAAAUAUCAAAUAAUGAAAAAGUAAUAACAAGAAUCGUGUCUUCAACAGAA